UGGAGGUAGCGGAAGCGGCGGCGGAGGUGGUAGUGGUGCAGGUGACCUUGAAGCGUCAUUGUGCAUCACAACCACAGAAGGAAGCAGUAGUUGUUUAUGUCAAUGAAAAAUUGAAUGGCUCCACCUUCAUCCGAUGAUGAUCGUGUGAUGAGCGCCAUUAACGUUACCACAGCUGUGGCAAUCGAUGCAGACAAGAAUAGCCCCUACGCCGUGAAAUGGACAAUUGAUAACCUCUUGGAUACAAAUCCUCAGCUCAUCCUCAUCCACGUCUGCCAUCGCUUCUUGCAAAACCAGGAUUUGGUUUUGAACAAGGAAAACCCUAAUGCCUACCAGGAACCGAUUGAGGACAUCCUAAAGAUUUUCGUCCCCUACCGUGGAUACUGUUCUCGCAAAGGGGUUCAGAUCAAGGAGGUAGUGCUUGAUAACGUAGAUAUUUCCCAGGCACUCAUUGAUUAUCUCAACGCUCACCGAAUCAACAACAUUGUUGUUGGUGCAUCCACUAGGAAUUCAAUCUCAAGGAACCCAGAUGUGGCAACACGCUUAACCAAAUCUGCUCCAGAUUUUAGCACAGUAUACAUUAUUUCAAAAGGGAAAAUGGUAACGAUCCGAUCAGCCACCCUUCCAGAGCUCCGAACCCCUGAUAAUUCCGACCUCGAUGAUGCCGUCAAUGGCAGGGAAAGUUCUAUGGCAAGUGGGGAUCAGAGAAAGGUUCUGAGAAGGAGCAGUAAUAUCCUGAUCAGAACACAACCGAGGGCAAAGAACACUUGCAAGAACUUGUCAAUGGAAAACUUGAAACUUUCAGACAGUGUGCCCAGGAUCUCAAUCAGCCGUGAUUCCUUCUUAUCCUUUAACAGCAACUGCGCCAGCAGCAGCACCAGCCUGGGUUUUGAGUCCCUCAACAUCGAUGAUUCUGAAAAUAAAGAAUUCUCCAUCGUCUCUGAUGAUAAUCCCAACAGCAACUCCACCACCUCCUCCUCCUCCCAAUCUUCGCAAGAGAGAAGGGCUGAGAUGAAAAGACUAAGGCAGGAUCUAAAGCAAACCAUGGACUUGUACAGCACAGCAUGCAAAGAAGCAAUCUUAGCCAAACAAAAGGCUCGAGAGCUACAUCAAUGGAAGAUGGAAGAAGGUCGAAAAUUUGUGGAAGCAAGGUUUGAUGAAGAAUCAGCUCUUGCAAUUGUAGAGAUGGAAAAGGCAAAGUGCAGGGCAGCCAUUGAAGCUGCACAAGCUGCACGGAAGUUAGCUGAAAAAGAGGCAAGUAGGAGAAGACAAGCAGAGUUGAAAGCCAAGCGUGAGGAAGAAGAGAAGAUGAGAGCGGUAGCUGCAUUGAAUAACAACGAUGUUAGGUAUAGAAGAUAUACUAUUGAUGAGAUUGAAGCUGCCACAAAUUCCUUCACAGAAUCCUUGAAGAUCGGUGAAGGUGGAUAUGGACCAGUUUACAAAGCCGUGCUGGAUCACACCCCUGUUGCUAUUAAGGUUCUCAGGCCAGAUGCGCAUCAAGGAAAGCAGCAAUUCCAACAAGAGGUACAAGUAUUGAGCUCUGUAAGACAUCCAAACAUGGUUCUACUUAUGGGUGCUUGCCCAGAACACGGAUGCUUGGUAUAUGAGUAUAUGGAAAAUGGAAGCUUAGAAGACAGGCUCUUCCAAAAGGAUGACACUCCAACUGUCCCAUGGGCUGUCCGCUUCAAGAUUGCUGCAGAAAUCGCCACAGCUCUUCUCUUCCUCCAUCAAAGUAAACCAGAGCCCUUGGUGCAUAGGGACCUUAAGCCUGCAAAUAUACUCCUAGACCGCAACUACGUAAGCAAGAUCAGUGACGUUGGGCUCGCCCGGCUAGUCCCUCCCUCUGUCGCCGAUACUGUCACACAGUAUCGAAUGACAUCAGCGGCAGGGACCUUCUGUUACAUAGACCCUGAGUAUCAGCAGACAGGCUUGUUGGGUAUCAAAUCAGAUGUGUAUUCCUUGGGGAUAAUGUUGCUUCAGAUCAUCACUGCAAAGCCUCCCAUGGCUCUCAAACAUCACGUUGAGAAUGCUAUUGAGAAUGGAACCUUUGAGAAGAUGCUUGACCCGUCAGUCCUAGAUUGGCCAGUCCAAGAGACUCUGGAGUAUGCCAAGGUCGCUCUCAAAUGUGCCGAGCUCCGAAGGAAAGACAGACCAGAACUGGGUUCAGAGGUUUUACCUGUUCUGAACCGGCUAAGAAAUCUUGGGAGCAAAGCUGAAAGUAAAAUAGUAUAUACUUCGCGGCCACCCACUUGCAAUUCCAAUUCACAGUCAAUAUCAAGAUCAUCCAAUCAGAUCUGUCUUGCAAGAAAAUGGAAGCAAUUCAAGUCCAAGCGCUGUGGAUGGAGGGGAAAGAUUUGUGCCCCGAAGGCUUGUUGCAUCAAUAGAAGCCCUACCAGCCCUACAGUAGUUGUGGGAACAAAUAAGAAAUAGAGUAAACAUAAAUGUCCUUCUGCAUGUUCAUUUCUAAGUUUUUGAAGUUUUUCUUUUUGUACCAAUUGUUAAGAUAAAGAAAUAUGAUCUUUUCCUUGAGU